AUGAGCCUCCGAUCGGGGCUGCCACGCUCUAUUGCCGGCCGCGAUGCGAACACAGUAUGUCUGCAGUGCUGGCGGACGCUGGCUCGGACACCGCUGCCUCUGCGACAGGCCUUCUCGACCACUCCACCACGUAGAUCCGGCGCGGUCGCUGUCGGGAAGAGCAGGAACCCGGUCAACAAGGACUUCUUUGGCAAGAACUCGCUGCUGAGAGAGACAUUCUGGCAGCCGAGGAGGGCGCUGCAGAGCUCGAUUGCAGCCGGCAAGAGCAGCGGCGCCGAGACAGCACCGCCACAUGCAUCCACCGCAUCCACCGCAUCCACAACACCAGACGACGUGUUGCCGCACCGGCGGCGGAAGCGCGCCAAAGAAGUCGCCGCCCAAGACCCACCACCGCCCGUCCCAGAAGGCACCGAAGCCUACCCGAUCCCCCUCGACGCCUCGGCGCGCCUCGCCGACCGCGCUGCCUCCCAGACGAACCUGAAGCGGCUGUUCUUCACAUAUCUCUCGCUCUCGAAGCCGCGCCUCUCCUUCCUCGUCGUCCUCACAGCCACCGCCACAUACAGCCUGUAUCCUGUACCGCAGCUGCUCAGCACCGCCGCGACCGCGACGCCGAGCCUCAGCGCCCUCACACUGCUCUUCCUGACCACCGGGACGGCGCUGUGCUCGGCGAGCGCAAACGCCUUCAACAUGCUGAUGGAGCCUAAAUUCGACGCCCAGAUGUCGCGGACACGCAACCGGCCGCUGGUGCGGAAGCUCAUUUCGACGCGCGGCGCCGUAGUGUUUGCCGUCGCGUGCGGCGUCGCUGGCACAGGCGCGCUCCUCUUCGGCGUCAAUCCCACCACCGCCUUCCUCGGUUUCUCCAACAUCGUCCUCUACGCCGGCAUCUACACGCCGCUGAAACGCAUCUCCGUGCUGAACACGUGGGUCGGCGCCGUCGUCGGCGGCUUGCCACCGCUGAUGGGCUGGACGGCCGCUGCGUCGCAGUACGCGCACGACGGGACGUGGGAGGAGCUGCUCUUCGGCGAGGGCAGCGUGGGCGGCUGGCUGGCCGCAGCGCUGCUGUUCGCGUGGCAGUUUCCGCACUUCAACUCGCUCUCGUGGUCGAUCCGCGACGAGUACAAGAACGCCGGCUACAGGAUGCUGGCGUGGGUCAACCCGCGGCAGAACGGCCGCGUCGCGCUGCGCUACGCGCUGCUCAUGUUCCCCGUGUGCAUCGGACUGAGUCUGGCGGGCAUCACGGACAUGUCGUACAUCGCGACGAGCUCGGUGGUGAACGGCUGGAUGGCGUACAAGGCGUGGGAGUUCUGGAAGUUCGACGGGCACAGGGGCAGCGCGCGCGGCCUGUUUUGGGCGAGCGUGUGGCACCUGCCGAUUGUCAUGGUGCUGGCCAUGGCGCAGAAGAAGGGGUUGGGCGAGCGCUUAUACCGCAGCGUGUUUGGGUACGCCGACAUGGACGACGACGAGCUGUACUAUGAGGCCGGAGACGAUGAGGAGGAGGAGGAGCAGUAUCAGAGACGGCACCCGGUGGUGGCUGUGGCCAGGGCCGCGUGA